CCUAAUCCCUCACUCGCUCAGUUGCUCAUUCUCUCUCAGCUCAGCCACUUCGCCAAAAAGAGAAAGCAGUGUAGCUCUCAGCGUUAUCCAUAUACCCCACUCAAUCUUUCUUAAACCUAAUUUGAGUUAUUGUCCAAUUUUUGGGGAGGCAAUGGCGUCGUCAACAUUCUCAGCAGUCUCCUCUACCGGCUCACUUGUCGCACCGCCGCACAAAUUCUCUUCCUCUGCCGCCAUUUCUUCCCUUCCCUUUGCCGCCGGCAAAGCGCGACGGAGCGGCGUUGCUAUCGGUAGGAGGAAUCGGUGUCCCAAGGUCUCUGCUAUGGCCAAGGAGUUGCAUUUCAACAAGGAUGGCUCAGCUAUCAAGAAGCUCCAGAGUGGUGUGAACAAGCUGGCGGAUUUGGUGGGGGUUACGCUUGGUCCUAAAGGAAGGAAUGUUGUUUUGGAAAGCAAGUAUGGCUCGCCUAAGAUUGUCAAUGAUGGUGUUACUGUUGCCAAAGAGGUUGAGUUGGAGGACCCAGUUGAGAAUAUUGGAGCCAAAUUGGUGAGACAGGCAGCUUCCAAGACAAACGACUUAGCUGGUGAUGGAACAACCACAUCUGUUGUUCUUGCUCAGGGUCUCAUUACUGAAGGAGUCAAGGUUGUUGCAGCUGGUGCAAACCCUGUGCUCAUCACCCGUGGCAUUGAGAAGACAACAAAAGCACUUGUAUCUGAACUUAAAAAGAUGUCAAAGGAGGUUGAAGAUGGUGAGUUGGCAGAUGUUGCUGCUGUCAGUGCAGGAAACAACUAUGAAGUCGGGAAUAUGAUAGCUGAAGCAAUGAGCAAGGUUGGCAGAAAGGGUGUUGUGACACUUGAGGCAGAUAACAACCUCUAUGUUGUUGAGGGGAUGCAAUUUGAUCGUGGCUACAUCUCACCAUACUUUGUUACUGAUAGUGAGAAAAUGGCUGUUGAAUAUGAGAAUUGCAAGUUGCUGUUGGUUGAUAAGAAGAUAACCAAUGCAAGGGAUCUAAUUAACAUUCUAGAGGAUGCAAUUAGAAGUGGAUUUCCUAUUUUGAUUAUUGCAGAGGAUAUUGAACAAGAACCUCUAGCAACUCUUGUGGUGAACAAACUUAGAGGAUCACUGAAGAUUGCGGCACUGAAGGCCCCAGGAUUCGGAGAACGCAAGAGCCAGUACCUUGAUGAUAUUGCCAUCUUAACUGGAGGUACUGUAAUCAGGGAGGAGGUUGGCCUUACUCUAGACAAAGCGGGGAAAGAGGUUUUGGGGCAGGCCUCCAAGGUGGUACUCACCAAGGACACAACCACAAUUGUUGGUGAUGGAAGUACCCAGGAAGCAGUGACCAAGAGAGUUGCACAAAUUAAGAACCAAAUUGAGGCUGCAGAGCAAGAGUAUGAAAAGGAGAAGCUUAAUGAAAGAAUAGCGAAAUUGUCUGGUGGUGUUGCUGUUAUACAGGUUGGAGCACAAACUGAGACAGAGCUCAAAGAAAAGAAGUUGAGAGUAGAAGAUGCUCUUAAUGCUACAAAGGCAGCUGUUGAGGAAGGUAUUGUAGUUGGUGGUGGAUGCACUCUAUUGAGACUUGCUUCAAAAGUGGAUGCUAUCAAAGAGAGCCUUGACAAUGAUGAAGAGAAAGUUGGAGCAGAUAUUGUGAAAAGAGCUCUUAGUUACCCUCUGAAAUUAAUUGCCAAGAAUGCUGGUGUAAAUGGCAGUGUUGUCAGUGAGAAGGUUCUUUCCAGCGACAAUCAUAGAUAUGGAUAUAAUGCUGCCACUGGGAAAUAUGAAGAUUUAAUGGCUGCUGGAAUCAUUGAUCCAACAAAGGUGGUGAGAUGUUGCCUAGAGCAUGCAGCCUCUGUUGCUAAAACUUUCCUGAUGUCAGACUGUGUGGUUGUUGAGAUCAAGGAACCCGAGCCUGUACCUGCCGGUAACCCCAUGGACAAUUCAGGAUAUGGUAUGUAGAGCACUAGAGCAGUAGAGGAGCGGCUACUUUAAUCAUGGAGCAGUAUUUUUUUUCUCCUUUUAGAUGAAAUACAUAAUCUGGAGGUUAUUUUGUUUGUAGCAACAAGUCUUAAAUCUGUGCGGAUAGUGUGGUUAAUUAGAUCCAACGAUGUCUUUUAUUUUUAAGUUUAAUAAAAAUAUAAAAAUUUUGCUGUUCA